UCACGGCACACGUCGCGCUGCAGUGGGCGGAGACGCGGCCCAGCGCUGCUGUAACACAACCGAGCCUUUGGAAUCCAGAAAACGGAUAGAAUCGAGAAGAAAACCGCGACAAAAAGAGCAAAAAACGAACAAGAGCUGGAGCAUUAGCUGACCUGCAGUCAUGGACCCGGCUUUACCUCCAGACCUGAUCCCUGAGCCUGAACCGGCUCCAGACGUCACUUCACAAGCAGACGCCGUUCAAGAUUCUCCAGUCCAGCCCACCCUGGAUUCGAACCCACAGCCAUACCUGGAACCGGUUUCAGAUCCGACCCAGGAACCCUCUGCAGAACCGACCUUGAACCCAGAAAUAAAGCCAGAACCAUUAGCACCAGAACUCACACCAGAACUACCGAUCCCAGAACCGGCCCCGGCUCCAGCGCCUCCUCCAGCGGCUAACUCCUACAAGAUCAUGACCUUCAGACCCACCAUGGAGGAGUUCAAGGACUUUGGGAAGUACAUCGCUUACAUCGAGACCCAAGGAGCUCAUCGUGCCGGUCUGGCAAAGGUUAUUCCGCCGAAGGAGUGGAAGCCGCGGCGUUCCUACGAGACCAUUGAAGAGAUGGUCAUUCCCGCUCCCAUCAUGCAAGUGGUGACCGGCCAAUCAGGACUCUUCACGCAAUACAACAUCCAGAAGAAGUCCAUGACGGUUGGAGAAUAUCGCAAACUGGCCAAUAGUAAAAAGUACUGCACCCCUCAACACAAGGACUUCGACGACCUGGAAAGAAAGUACUGGAAAAACUUGACGUUUGUGUCGCCCAUUUACGGCGCCGACAUCAGCGGGUCCCUUUAUGACCCGGACAUCACGGAGUGGAACAUCGGCCAUCUGAACACUCUUCUGGACAUGGUGGAGCAGGAGUGUGGGAUCGUCAUCGAGGGCGUCAACACGCCAUACCUGUACUUCGGCAUGUGGAAAACCACCUUCCCGUAUGCCAUUCCUCCUGAGCACGGCAAGAGGUUGGAGCGGCUGGCACAAGGUUUUUUCCCAGGAAGUUCUCAGGGCUGCGACGCGUUUCUCCGUCACAAGAUGACCCUCCUUUCUCCAUCCAUCCUGAAGAAAUACAGCAUCCCCUUUGACAGAAUCACGCAGGAGGAGGGCGAGUUCAUGAUCACGUUCCCGUACGGAUAUCACGCCGGAUUCAACCACGGCUUCAACUGCGCCGAGUCCACGAACUUCGCAACCCUGCGCUGGAUCGACUACGGCAAGAUGGCCACGCAGUGCACGUGCCGUAAGGACAUGGUGAAGAUAUCCAUGGAUGUCUUCGUUCGCUGUCUGCAGCCUGACCGCUAUGAGCUGUGGAAACAGGGGAAAGACAACACGGUCCUGGACCACCUGAAACCCACGAGCCUCACCAGCUCCAAGCUGGAGCACUGGAGGAAAACCAGAGUCACGUACAGAGAGAAGCUCCUGCGCAGAGCUCAGGCGAGGAUGAAACAGUUCCGGCGUCUGAAGCUGGAGGAGGUGAAGGUCCUGGCGGAGGAGGGAGUGGAGCUGGAUAUGAGUGAGUAUCUACGUAAGGUGGAGGAGCGCGAGCAGCAGCGACGGCAGCAAAGGGACGAGCGCAUGGCGCGGGAGGCGCUCCUCACGCUGGAGGCGCUAGAGAGGGAGGAGCAGGAGCAGGCGGAAGCGGAAGCGGCGCUUCGGGAAGAAGCCGGUGAAGACAGAAAAACAGAUUCCCAGGAUCCUCCGCCGGAAAACAGAGAGGAGGAGAAGAAGAAGAAGAAGAAGAAAAAGAAGAAGCCAAAGCAUCCCGACGAGCUCUCCUUCCAGCAGGUGUUUGAGCAUUUCGCUUCCAGCGACAUUGAGAGUAAUGGAGCCACUCCCGGCCUGCAGCCAAGUCCCUUCACGAAGCUGAAGAAGAAAGUUGAGGUAAAGAAGAGUCGAAGACAUCCGUUCAGCAAGCCGCCCAUGCGCUCUCCUCACUCCAUAGUCAAACAGGAAGCCUCCAGCGACGAGGAGCUGUACUCUGGACUGCCUGUAGGUGGCGGCGUUCAGCCGGAGGCCAAGAAGUCCGAGGAAAGCGCGCUGUGGCAGAACCGUUUGCCAAACUUCCUGGCCGAGAAACAGUUCAACGCUGCGAUGGCGACCAUCGAGCCGCACUGCGCCGUCUGCACGCUCUUCUGUCCGUACACACAGCGCGUUAAGGACCCCUUCCACCUCUCAGACACGUCCGGUCUGGUGUUGCGGGUCGGCUGUCACACGCGUCCGCUGGUUCCAGAGAUGUGCUUCAGCGCGGGUGCCGAGAACACCGAACCGCUGCCGUCGAACUCCCACAUCGGUGACGACGGCACCAGCGUCCUGCUGUCCUGCGGGAGCUGCGGCCUACAGGUCCACGCCAAGCUGUACUCUGGACUGCCUGUAGGUGGCGGCGUUCAGCCGGAGGCCAAGAAGUCCGAGGAAAGCGCGCUGUGGCAGAACCGUUUGCCAAACUUCCUGGCCGAGAAACAGUUCAACGCUGCGAUGGCGACCAUCGAGCCGCACUGCGCCGUCUGCACGCUCUUCUGUCCGUACACACAGCCCGUUAAGGACCCCUUCCACCUCUCAGACACGUCCGGUCUGGUGACGCGGGUCCGCUGUCGCACGCGUCCGCUGGUUCCAGAGAUGUGCUUCAGCACGGGUGCCGAGAACACCGAACCGCUGCCGUCGAACUCCCACAUCGGUGACGACGGCACCAGCGUCCUGCUGUCCUGCGGGAGCUGCGGCCUACAGGUCCACGCCAGUGAAAUCAAGGAGCGGAACUCUCAGUUUUAUAAAACUCUAUAUGGCACAUUUAUUGUUGCGCUGAAGUGUUUUGUUCGUUAUUGUGUUCAUUGGUGUUGUUUAUGGUCGCAGGCCUGCUGUUUGUGCAGUUUAAGAGGAGGAGCUUUGAAGAAAACCACAGAUGACAGGUGGGUUCACGUGAUCUGCGCCGUCGCUGUGGCCGAGGCUCGUUUCGUUAACGCUGUGGAGCGAGAGCCUGUGGACGUGACGGCCGUCCCCGACACCAGGAAGAGUCUGAAGUGCGUCUACUGCCACAAGACGACCAAGCAGAUCUUCGGCGCGUGUAUCCAGUGCUCGUUGGACAACUGCUCCACGUCCUUCCACGUCACCUGCGCCCUCCUCGCCGGAGUCGUCAUGAAGCCGGCCGAUUGGCCGUACGUGGUGUCCGUCACCUGCCACAAACACAAACAGACCAAUCAGAAGGUCAAAAACAGCUCCCGCGAGCUGUCUUUAGGUCAGGAGGUCAUCGGCAGGAGCAGCAACGGUUGGUUCUAUCGCUGCACCAUCACCGGCAUCGGCACGCAGAACUACUACGAGGUCAACUUUGAUGACGGCUCCUACUGUGAUAAUGUCUUCCCAGAGAACCUGCUGAGUCACGACUGUCUGAGGAACGGCCCUCCAGAACUGGGCGAAUUCGUGGUGGUCAAGACAAUCGAUGGACGGGUUCUCAACGCGUCUUUCAUAAAGGAACAUGUCCAACGAUACUACCAGGUGGAGUUUCAGGAUGAGACGCAGAUCUUACUGAAGCGUAGCGAGAUUCACUCUCUGAACCAAGAGCUGCCUAAGAGGGUCAUGUCUCGUCUGGCAACUGUGAACCAACAGCAACCUCAGGCGCAACCGUCAGACGAACCUCUGGCCGCGAAACGCCCACGUCUGCCGACACCGCCACCCACACUAGCCAUUGAGCCCUCGGCGCUACCUCCAGGAAUAGUCACCGCUUUCCUGCCCGCUACUAUUACUCCAAACACCAGCACUGCCCCCUGCCUGCCUCCCCCCACAUCACUUCCUGUUUCAGCACCCACACUUCCUGCCCCGGAACCCAGUGAGAGUUACACCCACAGCUCCAGCUACAUAGCCUACAUGGAGUCUCUCCUCAACUCGGACUUUCCUCCAGAAGAGGGUGAACAUGGCGUUGAGCCGAUGUAUUGAAGUGCUGUUAUGCGCUACCAGCUAUUUGUCAAUGCUUCAUACAGACUUUAAAUUCAUCCACUGCAUGUCUUUGUUUCAUUUAUUCGCUGUUGUGCUAAUCUGAGUUUCCCACCCAUGAAUGGUGCGCGUGGGACGCAUGCGUGUCAUUAUAGACUGAAGCCGAAACGGACCCAGUACAUAGCCUUGGGGGAUGCCGCACUCUUCCGACCCUUUCCACGAUCCCUCGCUCUGGUUCUUUCACUAAACGGAAAGAGCCGCCGUUUUUAGAUGGGAUAAUCAUUCACUGUAUGUGCUGUUAAAUUUAUACCUGAUUUUGUUCUCUAAUGAGGGCUAAAUAUUUUUCUAACUCAAGCCAAAACAUCAUGCUACCCGGUCACAGUUCAAAUAGACAGUCUAUAUCUGUACAGUUUCAGGUAUUUUUCUCUGUACUCAAGUGUUCGGGGGUGGGGGGGUUUAGCUGGGCUCAUGGGAUUUAACAAGUAUUUAAAUGUCUUUUGUCACAUAUAGGUUUAAUAUUUGUAUAAAGAAAAUCAAUUAUGGCAGCAUCAGAAGCUACAGUUUUCAGUUAGUGUACACAUUUGUGUUACGAUAGAUUCGCGCGUCUUAAUGUAUUCUUCUAUAAUCAACGAUAAAAUGUUUUUUCAGACACCGAUGAUUUGUUUUUGUAGCAUACUUGGUAGACGUUGAUAUUGAAUACUAUUCACCUUGUCUGUUUUUUAUUAUGAUUACCGUUGUUGUUAUGAUUGUUAUUUUUAGUGAUUUUUUUUUUUUGGUGAAUCUUUGCAACACAAUGUCGAAAGAUGAAAAAAAAGCUGAAUUUAUCAUUUUUAUUCAAGAGGUUGAAGUGGCGUACAUGUAAGCGUAUAGUCAUAGGUGAUAUUAAACAGAUACGCAAUCCGCCUUCUCAAGGUGCUAUAGAGGUCUUAGACUACUGAGGGGUGAUCCGGGUCAAGUGACCCACAAUGAGGUGUACAUACUAGAUGUCCUGCUCAUGAAUUGGAAAAAUUUUCUUCAGUGUAACUUCUAGUCUUAUCAAAUGCCAUGUCACAUUCAAAUAAAGGGUCUGGUUGUUGCUUUGUAUUUCUUUUCUCCUUUUUGUUGUUUGCCCAUCCUUGUUUCGUUUUCUGAUGAGAGCGAUUAUCGAUCGGCACACCUCCUCCGCCGAUAUUUGCGGGUUCAUCAUCCAUAUAGCAUUGAGAAUUUGCUUCAGCGCCCCUCUAUUGAUUUGGAAACAAACACUCUGAUAAGACCUUUGCAGACAGGAUCGUCGUUUAGACUGAAUCCAAAACGAACCCAGUACAUAGCUUUGGGGGAUGCCGCACUCUUCAGACCCUUCCCACAAUCCCUUGCUCCCAAUUCUUCGCUAAACCGAAAGAAUGGCCACAUAUUUUCAGAUGGAAUAAUCAUUCAUUUGAGCAUGCCAAAGAUUUUGGAGAAUUGUUCAAAAUGCAAGAUAAA